CAUCAGAGGGGUAAGAGUCAGUGUUCUCACUGCAGCAGGCUUCUCUUUCUCAUUGCUCUAUCCCUCUCUUUUGCUUUGUUCACGCUGUGCUCUCCAUCUGAAGCAGCACCACACUGGAGCUUUAAUGAUCGGAUUGAGAGCAACUGCAACGCACAGAUCUCCCAUCAGCCAAAAGAGGAGCAGGCAACUCUCAGCGGCUCAAGAAGCGACCAGGCAACUGCUGAUCUACAGUCAGCUGAGACAUAACUGACGGAGGCAAAAAGCAUCUCAGAGCAAGGCGUAGGAAGAGGUUGAGAAGAGGCUUUCGGAGGCAAAUCAAGAGAAGACUACUCCUGUGUGAAAGCUGACCUUCGGUGCACUCUGAAGAAGAAGGACCUGUCUUAAAGAGGCUCGACCAUGGAGGAGACGCUCACCUGCAGUCGAAGUCCUUUCUCUCAGGUGUUUGGGCGGCAGGGUCAGCUCAUGCAAGCCACUGUGCAGUCGCUGAACAACAUAAAUGACCAGAUUGCAAACUUUAUGGUUACCAGACCCAAGUCCCUGGAACAGGCAGAGCAAGCCUAUGCUCCUCCGGAGAAAGAGUCGCUGCAGAAGUCCAUGAACCUGAUGCGGCACCUCCUCGUUGAUGCUCAGGCAAAAAUCCUGAAAAUGAUGGAUGACAACAAGCAGCUGGCCCAGCGCAUCGAUGGGGCCAUUCAGUCGGCCAGCCAGGAGGUGACCAACCUGCGGUCAGAGCUGAGCGCCACCAGCCGCAGAUUGGCUGAGUUGGGAGCAACGGACUCUUCCGCCAGCAUGCUGGAGACAGUGCAGCACAACCACAACGAUCCCUCUCCUCAACGGAUGCAAAAAACCCCAACCACUGACCUCUGCUACAAGACUGAAAUAAGCAGCCUCAUGGAUUUUAACUCUCCAGAUGCCUCACUUGACAAAGUUCUGCUGCGUGAAGAGGUGGCCCAACUCCAGGAGGAGGUGCACCUGCUUCGGCAGAUGAAGGACAUGUUGAGCAAGGACCUGGAGGAAACCCAAGGAGGCUGCUCGGCUGAUGUCCUCUCUGCCACGGAGCUCCGAGUGCAACUGGCCCAGAAAGAGGAGGAGCUUAAUCGAGCCAAGGAGGCUUUACAAGCCAUGAAGUCAGAUCGCAAACGUCUAAAGGCAGAAAAGGCUGACCUGAUGAACCAGAUGCAGCAGCUGUAUGCCACACUGGAGAGCCGGGAGGAGCAGCUCCGUGACUUCAUCCGCAACUAUGAGCAGCACAGAAAAGAGAGCGAGGACGCGGUAAAGGCUCUGGCCAAGGAGAAAGACCUCCUGGAGAGAGAGAAGUGGGACCUGAGACGGCAGACCAAGGAGGCCACGGAGCACACAGGGAUGUUACGCUCUCAGCUUGACCUCAAGGAGAACCGCAUCAAGGAGCUGGAGGCUGAACUCGCUAUGCCAUUCCUCAUGUCUCCAACCCCCCAGAUGAGUAACUGUGUCAAUCAGAGAAUGGAGUUCCGGGUGUUUGAGCGGCUUGCGGACAGGGACUACUCUCCUAGGGUCAUGGCGGCCAAACAGUCGCUUGCCACCCUGACAAAGGAUGUACCCAAGCGUCACUCUUUGGCCAUGCCCACAGAGGCGGUCGUCAACGGCAACAACCAGGAGUGGGUAAUGCAGGCAGAUCUUCCCCUGACUGCCGCCAUCAGGCAGAGUCAGCAGACCCUCUAUGUCCACACCGGCCAUCCUACUGACAGACAAGUGGCUGCUGUGCGGGUGAGCCCAAUCCACUCGCGUCAGCCCUCCAUCAUCUCUGAUGCUUCUGCAGUGGAGGGAGAUCGGUCAUCUACACCCAGUGACAUAAACUCGCCACGUCACCGGACUCACUCCCUCUGCAAUUCCCUAGAAGAUCUGGAGGAGGCGAAGCGUAAGAAGAAGAAAGAAAAGAUGGGGUUGGGCUCGCUGUCGCGUGUCUUUGCCCGGGGAAAGCAACGCAAGUCUCUGGACCCUGGUUUGUUUGAUGACUCUGACAGCAUCUACAGCACCACCCGCCUCAGCCUGUCAGAUGGGUCAGAGGACCAGCUGGAUCGCCUCCAGCAAGUGGAGCUGGCCAGGACGACCCCCAUGUCUCAGUGGAAGGCAGGAACUGUGCAGGCCUGGCUGGAGGUUGUCAUGGCAAUGCCUAUGUACAUUCGCACCUGCUCAGAAAAUGUUAAGAGUGGAAAGGUUUUACUGGGACUAACGGAUGAAGACCUGGAGCUAGGUUUAGGUGUUAACAGUUUAAUGCACCGACGAAAACUCCGCCUGGCCAUAGAGGAUUACAGAGAUGCUGAAAAUGGAAGAGAGCUUUCAAAGGCUGCUGAUUUGGAUCACCACUGGGUGGCCAAGGCUUGGUUAAGUGAUGUGGGAUUGCCUCAGUACUCCCAGGCUUUUCACACUCACCUGGUGGAUGGGCGCAUGCUGAACUCUUUGACUCGCCGUGAUCUAGAACGUCACCUCAACAUCACCAAGAAGUUCCAUCAGGUCAGCCUGCUAUUGGGCAUUGAACUACUGCAGUCGCUGGAUUUCAACAAAGAGGUGCUGCAGGCUCGCCGGAUACAAUGUGAGCAUCAGAAUGAGGAUCUUCUGGUCUGGACGUCUCAUCGUGUCAUGAAAUGGAUCAAAGAUAUUGACCUAAAGGAAUAUGCUGACAGCCUCCUGAGUAGUGGAGUUCACGGAGCUGUUAUGAUACUUGACCCCACUUUCAACACAGACUCCAUGGCUACAGCAUUGGGAAUCCCCAGCAGCAAACAUAUGGUCCGCAGACACCUUGAGGAAGAGAUGAUGGCACUGAUUGGCUCAGCCAGAGCAAAUGCACAAAAAAGCUAUGAUCAUCCAGGUGUGGUAACUCCACCAACACCCCUUCGCCAAAACUCCCUGACCCGGCCUCCCAGCACUAACAACCGACACAGUGAGGACGAGGGCUCUCUAAGACGGAGAGCUGUCAAGCCUCCAAUUGGGUUUAGCCCAAAAAGCAGAGGAGGGCGGGACCUGAGUUGUCACAGCAGCUUUGGCUCCUUACCUCGGGAAGUUCGAGAUCACACUCCCCCAAGAGUUGAAGGAAGCCCGAUCCAUGGAUACUCCAGCAUUGAGAUCACCAAUGUGUGAUGUCAUAACAACUAAAAUUGCAGUAAAAAAAAUUCUGAGCGUUUACAGGACAUAUUGCACUUUGUAUAAAGAAUAUGUUUCUUUUAAAAGUUUCCUAAUUUAAGUAAAUUGUGGACAAGUGGCAUUUUGCAGUUUUGGAUUAUUAAUUUUCUUCACAACUGUCAAAACCCAGAUUCGAAAGAAAUUUGCCAUCAUUUGUGUAAAUGUCUUUAAUGGUUGUUUUACUUUACUAACUCUGACAGUCAAAGUGACUAUCCUUCUAAAUAAACUGAUUGUCUGACUCUUUAUACUCUCUUGUAUAAAUACAGACUGUUUGAUGAUAAAGGUUCCCUUGUAAGUUACUCUUGUUUUGUUCAGUUUCACCCUUUUUUCUAAAUGUGAUAAAAAAAAAAAAAAGAAAAUGUCUAGGUUCUAACGUGUACAAUUUAUUUUCAUGUUGUACAUUUGAAAAAAAUUGUCUGAAGAAAUGUAGCACCUCCAUUGGUGUUUUAUACUGUCUAGUAAAUGUUUAAAUACUAAUAAAGAAUGACUGUUGUAAAAAAAUUAAAUGAAAGUUUUUAAAAAUGGAAGAAAGUUUCUGAAGAUUAAAAUAAAGAUCAUAUUUCAAAUACAGCA